AAAUAUUUAUUGAUGAUGUUAAUAAUCUCUGCAACGGUCAUUCAUAUUGCUCAAUCAACAAUAACAAUAGCAAAUAGUUUGUCAUCACAAUCAUCGUCAUCAUCAUUGCCUUCACCAUUAAAAUCAAAUGAAAAAAGUGGACCAGAAUUUCUGGUUGAACCACCUAGUUCGGUGAUAUUUUUAAAUGAUACAGGCAGUGUUAUAACCUGUAGUGCCAAAGGAAUACCAGCACCAACAAUCACAUGGACACGUGCAGAUGGAACACCAUUGAUACAAAUACCUGGAUUACGACAGAUACGUAAAGAUUUGCUUACAACACAGCUUGUAUAUUUACCAUUUUCAGCUACAUCCUAUCGUCAGGAUGUUCAUUCGGGUAUCGUACGUUGUGUGGCAACAAAUCAAGUUGGUUCCAUUCAAAGUCAAGAUGUCAAUAUUCGUGCUAGCGUUCGUCAAUCAUAUGAGAUUCAAGUAUAUGAUGAUUUUGCUAUCAAAGGAAAUACAGGCAUUUUACGUUGUCAUAUUCCAAGUUUUGUACGUGAAUAUGUUCAUGUAACAAAUUGGUUACGUUAUGGUGAUGAUGAUGAUCGUCCAAUUAUUUCCGAUCUACUUAAGGGUGGUCGUUAUAGUGUUAUGCCGAAUGGUGAGCUUCAUGUACAUCGUAUUGAAAAUGAUGAUAAUGAUGAUGACGACGAUAGUGAUGAUAAUGUCCAUAUUAUUGAUAAUAACAAAAACGACCGUCAUCAUCAUCAUCAUAAACAGCAACAAAAACAACGCAAUCAGAAUAGCCAUGAACAACCUAGGAAAUUAAUGUUUCGUUGCCAAACUAAGCAUAUGCUCAGUGGAAAUACCAAACUAAGUGCCAAUUAUGGACGUUUAAUCGUCACAGAACCUCAAACAAACAUGCCUCCAAAAAUUAUCACUACGGCACCAACUAUAUCUACCAAUAGUGGUAGUGAAAGACCAAUAGUCAUAGCCAAUGUCGGUCAGACAAUCGAGUUGUCGUGUGUCGCCCAAGCUCAACCUUGGCCAUCUUUUACAUGGUAUCGCAUUAAAUCAACAUCAAACGAUUUGCAAUCGUCUUCUCAUCAUAGCCUACUUUCACCGUUAAUUGAUGGAAACAAAUUGCAGCGGCUUCAAGUGUGGACAUUUCAGGUUCCACCAAACAACAGAUCUAUUGACAUGCAUGAUAAGAAUGAAUUGCUCAACGGAGAGCAGUACAUCACACCAUAUCGUCUUAGCCGGGCCGGUCGAUUCGUUCAAGUGGAUAGUUCACUUUUCAUUCGUGAUGUGGCCAUUGCCGAUUCCGGUAUUUACGUUUGUGUUGCCAACAAUUCACUUGGUGAAGAUCGUAUUGAAAUGGAACUUGUUGUCAAGGCACCAUUAAGUGUCACUAUGACCCCAUCAUACAUAUUAGCUUCCGAUGGUGAUAAUGUAGCAUUCAAUUGCACGAUAACCGGCGGUUCGCCAAUUCAACAAAUUCAUUGGCGCCGGAACGCUAGACCAUUAAUGGCUGCGCAAGCAAUAACCGCAAGUAAUCGUCAGCAUGCAAACCAUCGUGUGCAUUUAUCGCACAAUGAUAGAUUGCUCCAGAUUCGACAAGUUCGUCGUGAAGACCGUGGCAUGUUUCAAUGCAUUGUCAGUAAUGAAUUCGAAUCGGUCCAAGCGAGCGGUGAGUUGGCGUUGGCCGAUGAUCCGCCAACAUUCAUCACGGUUUUCACGAUCACUGAACCAUUGCGACCAGGUGUGCCUUUGUCGAUCAAGUGUUCAGCUACUGGCACACCAUUGCCGCAAAUUGUUUGGACGUUGGAUGGCGCUCCAUUACUCGAAAAUGGACGAAUUCGAAUCGGUGACUAUGUCAAUGGCGAUGGUAUUGUCAACAGUUUUGUCAACAUAAGUUCUCUUCGUACAGAAGAUGGUGGCAUAUAUUCUUGCACAGCGUCCAACGAUGUCCACUCAAUCAGCCACUCUGGUCGCAUUAACGUCUACGGUCCGGCGUUUGUCCGUCAAAUGAAAAACUUGACAGCCAUUUCUGGCCACACAGUUCAUUUACAUUGUCCGGCAGCUGGUUACCCACUCGAAUCGAUCGUUUGGUUCAAGAAAUCAUCUCCUAGCGAUCAAGGCAGCCGUUUGCCGCAGAACCAUCGUCAUAAGUCGCUGUUGAAUGGCACGCUGGUUAUCGAAAAAGUUGAACGCAACACCGAUGAAGGAGCCUACCGGUGCGUGGUCACCGGGCCCAACGGUGCUAGCUCUGCCAGUGCUGAAUUGUUCAUUCGAAUACUUGUUGCUCCGGUUAUCAGUCCUUUCAAUCCCCCGCCAAAUCUUCGCGAAGGAAUGCGAGUCAUGUUGACCUGUUCGGUUGUCGAAGGCGAUUCUCCAGUGCUCAUUCAUUUCCUCAAGGAUGGCGAACCCAUCCACGACACUCAUAGCACAAGUGCCUCGCGUCGAAUAAAGUUGGAUGUAACUAAUGAAUUUUCGGCCACUUUGUACAUUUCUUCAGUGAUCGCCGAAGACUCGGGAAACUAUACCUGCAUCGCAUCCAACAUGGCAGCUGUAACUACAUACUCAAUCGUAGUCAAGGUCAACGUGCCGCCUAAAUGGAAAAUUCCACCCACCGAUACCGAAGCCAUUCAAGGUCAAAACGUGGUCAUCGAUUGCUCUGCCAGCGGUGAACCUCGAAUCUGGUGGGAACGUGCCCAUGACAAAUCGUCGAGCUUAGCCUCCUCUUCCAAACUAACUUCAUCAUCGAUAGGUCCGGCUGAUGGAGAACCAGCGUCUAUCGUUCAUUUCUUCCGUACUGUGGUCAGCAAUUCGCACAUGCACACCCUGGAAAAUGGCAGUCUCAUGAUCCGUGAUGUGAGUGAAGAGGAUUCAGGCGUCUACCUUUGCCAGGCCAAUAAUGGAGUAGGCUCAGGAUUGAGCAAAGUCAUCACGCUCAAAGUCCACGUGCCCGCACACUUCAAAAGUAAGUUUUCAGCUCAUACUGUUCAACGUGGAGAAUCAAUCGAAUUCGCUUGUGAGGCUUAUGGUGAAUUUCCAGUUUCGAUGCAAGUUGCCAAAGAUCGAAUGCCACUCGAUUUUGGUUCCACAUUCGACCGGUUACCAUCCGAUCCAUUGCUUGAACAACAGAUACUGCACACAGAUAAUCGGUAUCACCUGCUAAGAAGAGUGACAGGUCAGUCGGAUCGAGCAAUUACCUCAUACAUUGUCCGCAUCGCAAAUGUUGAUCGUCGCGAUUCUUCCCUUUUCACAUGUCUGGCAUCCAACAACUUCGGCAAGGAUGAAUACAACUUUCAGUUGAUAGUUCAAGAACCACCCGGAAAACCAGAAAAUGUUCAUGUGUUGGAACUAGAUAGUAGGUCCGCUGUUGUCGCUUGGUCACAGCCAUAUUCCGGCAACAGUCCGAUUAUCGCCUAUCAUGUCGAGUAUCGCCAGUGGUUGGAAAUAUUACCCUCAUGGCAUCAUCUCGACGCCACAACCAACCUGCAACAGCAAAACAUCAAUGAGCAAAAUGGGAAGCUACACCAGCCAUCAUCAAAACCGGCCGGUACUAUUUUCCGACAAACAUUGAUAGGAACUGAAUCGUCAAUCAGUCUGCGUUCUCUUAAACCGAUGACUACGUAUGAAGUUCGAGUUCAGGCAGAAAACAAGUUGGGACUCGGUCCAUUUCAAAUGCCACCGCUCAAAAUCACGACUAAAGAGGAAGCGCCAUCUGGUCCUCCGUUAAACAUUCACGUCUACCCAUCAAGUGCACAUUCACUGCAGGUCACAUUCCAUCCGCCACGAAUAGAACAUCAAAAUGGCCAGAUUCUGGGUUACUACGUUGGCUAUAAAGCCAUUGAUCUGGACGAACACUUUAUGUUCAAGAAGGUUGUUGAGGAAAAAUCCUCACAACCAUCGACUCAGAACAAAGAAGUGAAGAUUUCAGAUCUUCGACGUGCGACCAAGUACUUGGUCAUUGUCCAAGCCUUCAAUAGAAUUGGCCCAGGACCACAAUCAGAGGAGGUGAUUGGCGAAACUUUGGUGAACGAUCCACCACGAGCACCAAUUUUGACAUCGGUCAACGUUAACUAUGAUUCAGUCGAACUAAGUUGGUCGAUUGAAGCAGCCGACGAUUCAUACGCUGCAGAGCAACAAACAUCCAACUCGGACGUACCAGAGAUAACCGGCUACUUUCUGUAUGCAAAAUCCUCCCAAUCAGGAGAAUGGAAAGAACGACAAGUUGAUUCUCAACAGAACUCAUACACGUUUACGAAUCUGUUGUGCGGCACGCAAUAUCAAUUCUAUGUUAUUGCUUACAACAACGUUGGCAAAGGCGACCCUAGCCAGGCAAUUGCCGUUCGCACCAAGGGUUCUGUACCAAUAGCCCCGAAGAACUGGAAUUCGUUCAUCACUGUCAACUCAACCGUAGCACUGAUUCGUCUGGAUGCUUGGCUUGUAAAUGGGUGUGAUAUCAAAUACUUUGUACUUAAGUAUCGGCCGCGGAUGGAUUCCGAAUGGCUUGUCGCUUCAUCAAAAAUCUCGCCCCGUGAACAACGUUUUGUUGAAUUGGUUGAUUUACGACCUGCCACUUGGUACUUGCUAAAUAUGGCUGCCUUAACCGACAUAGGCACCACUGAAGAAACCUACAUGUUUGCGACCUUGACCAUGGAUGGUGAAACGAUCCCACCAUUGGAAACUAUCUCACGCACAUUGACAUCGGAAAAUUCAAUCUCGGCUUCUUCGGGCUCUAUGGGUUCAAGUGGCGGAGUUGGCGGAUCAAACACACUUAGCUCGAUGCAAUCAUUGACCAUUGUCAUUCCGGCAACAUGUUCUGUGAUAGUUCUUACUGUGAUCAUUUUAGUCGCUUGUUUUGUUUUGGGCACCAAACGGUCAUCUCAACAAUUUGAAAGUACAAUUUUGUCAGCCAUUGGUGCACGAAACGGUAGCAGCAAUUCUCAUAAUCAUACGAGUAUUAAUGGAACGCCCUCGCAUAUUCAUGCCCAUAUUUCUGAUCAAUUAUCCACAACAUAUUGUCCAACGACAGCAACCGGUGAUUCAAGUAAUGAACCACGUUAUAGUACUGGAUUAUUGAGCAACAAUCUUGACAAUUAUGGUUUCUGUCCUGGAAAUAAUAAUUUAAACAAUGGUAUUGCAUCCGCCAAAUGUAUGAUUAAUGGUACGCCAACAAUGCUGGCUGCUAAUAAUUCAACAAAUUCAAUCGAAAUGAUACAUUCAGCAGCAUUAGGUUAUGCAACUUUGAAAAAACAACGUACAAAUAUUCAAACAAUGAAAUCAAUAUUGGACUCUGAUAUUAAAAAUUUGGAUCUAUCUAAACCAUUAUCGUCGGUUGAUAAUUCAACAUCUACUGCGAAAACUAUAGUGACAUCAACAACAACAUGUUUGGAUUCAAAAUUAUGUGAUUUGAAUAAAAUAACAGAUCCAUCCGGUUUAUUGACCGUUCAGGCAACAUUAUGCUGUAAUAAUUCUAACGAAUCGAAUGACAACACAAACACUACGGUUCAUUAUUUUCAAACACCAUAUGCCCUAUCACAAUUACCUAAUAACAAUAACAACACUAACAAUAAUAAUAAUGACCAGUUCACCAAUCAAUUUAAUGCUGUGAAUAACGAUAAUAAUAAUGAUAUGGAAAAUGAUCAAAUAGCUGAAUUAUCAUGUUUAAAUGCUGCAUACACUGCCAAUAAUACCUGUACAUUACGUCCAAAUAUCAAAAAUCAUCAACAUCUUCAUGGCGAUAAUCAUCACAGCCAUGUAUAUGAUUUGCCAUUCCCGCCAAAAUGGGUUUGAAAUAGAACAUUAGUUCUAAUUAUCAACUUAUAUCUAUCUAUAUACUAAUCAUCUAAUAAAU